AUGGAGAAACAAGUUGGUGGAGUUACAAAGAAAGGAGCGUCAAAGACUAAGAUCGUGUGGACACUUGGACCAUCGUCUAGAUCUGUUGAGAUGAUCGAGAAGCUUCUCAAAGCCGGUAUGAACGUAGCCCGGUUCAAUUUCUCUCAUGGCUCUCACGCAGAGCAUCAAGAAACUCUCGAUAAUCUCACAACCGCCAUGCACAACACUGGUAUUCUUUGCGCCGUCAUGCUCGACACAAAGGGUCCUGAGAUACGAACUGGUUUCCUCAAAGAAGAAAAACCGAUAAAAAAAGACAACAUUAUCUCCAUGAGCUACAAGAAACUUGCAAAGGAUCUCAAGCCUGGUGACAUGAUCUCUCUAAGUGUCUUGUCCUGUGACAAGAAUCUAGGUCUUGUUCGCUUCCGAUGCGAGAACUCUAAGGUUCUUGGAGAAAGAGAGAAUGUAAAGAUCCCUGCAGAGAUUGUAGUUGAACCUGAACCCUCGACAAAACUUACAGAGAAAGAUAAAGAGGAUAUUCUUCAAUGGGGAGUUCCGAAUAAGAUCGAUAUCAUUGCUCUUUCCUCUGUUCGUAGUGGAUCUGAUCUAAAACCCGUCAGGAAGUUGCUUGGAAAGCACGCAAAGAGCAUCAUGCUUAUGUCAAAGAUUGAGACUGAAGAAGGAUACGCGAAUGUAGGUGGGAUUCUGAAUAAAAGUGAUGGUCUAAUGGUGGUUAGAGGCAGUUUGGGAAUGGAAAUGUCGACUGAGAAGAUAGACAGCGCUCAGAGAAGGAUGAUCAGGAAGGCUAUGCAGCACGCGAAACCAAUCGUCACAGCGAUACAGAUGCCACAGACGACGCUUGAGUCAAUGUCAAUGACCACACCUCCUCCUCCGGCUAGAGCCGAAGCCACCUACGACGACGUUACUAAUGUAACUAACGCUGCAGCCCUAGCUUCUACUUCGGAUCCACUCGUAAAAGGAAUCAUACCGGUCGAAGAAGAGCUUACAAAAGCUGUCCGCAACCUCACCGAUUGCGUCAUGCUCAGCGGCGUAACAGCCGACGUCGGAGCUGACCCUGAGACCACCGUGCAAACAAUGUCAAGGAUCUGCAAAGAGGCGGAAAACUCCAUCGAUUACAAAGCUGUGCAUAAGAAAAUGAAAAUCUUUGCCGCCGUUCCAAAAGGGUUACCCCCAUUCGAGAGUAUGGCUGCUUCCCUCGUUGGAUCGACCAUUCGCUUGGCAGAUGCGAAAGCAGUCGUGGUCGUAACCAAGAGUGGAAACAAGGCGGAGCUUGUGGCCAAGUACAGGCCGAGCGUUCCUAUCCUGUCGGUGGUUGACCUGUCGCUUCCUGAAUCAGCUGCUCGUGUGGCGAGUCGUGGUUUGCUUUACUGUGGGAUCAUUCCAGUGGUGGGGGCAGGAGAUUUGUAUUCGGUGCAUGACAAGACUCUGUUCGGGAUCGAAUUCGCAAAGAAGGAGGGAAUCUGCAAGGCUGGAGAUUUAGGUUUGGCGUUGCUUAUGAGUGGUGGUCCUGCUCCUAUCACCGUUCCUCUGAUGGUUUAUGAUUAG